AUGACUGACCUUUCCAAUAUCUGGACCGAGCAUAUGAGUCGCCAGGACAUUCUCAACAGAGCUGAUGAAGACGCUACUACGAUUGACCCGAGCGAAGACCCAGAACAGUUUGAAGUGCUUCUUGGAAAGAUUGGUGAAGCUCUAAGUGGCGAAUCUGGCUGUACUGCAUCGCUUGAAAAUGGAUUGCGAGAGGAUUCUAUGAAAUUGACAGUAUCAACAAAGCUUCCUGCACCAUUGAGACCUUUAAUAUGGACUAUUUAUCUUUUGAAGGAACCGCGAUCUUCUACAUCUCAGCAUCUUAUACUCCCAUUACUUCGAGCAGAAGCCGGAUGGGAGUCGCGCCAGCGAACUCUCCUUGACCACCUUAGUAAGAAAGACUGGGUUCUAGGAAAGCUUUUCGAUAAGAUCGAGAGCAUGGGUAUCGAUCUGAGCACCAUCUUUCCUGGAGUUGCGGGGCUACGGAAAGCUCACGGGGAUACGUUACUCUCCCACGCUGCCAAUUACAUCAAAGGAGUGGCGCCCUUUGAUGAACAAGAAUGGCUUGACGGAGUCGCCAAAUUGUCGCCUGAUUCAGUGGUUGCUGCCAACAUUUUAGCGGAAGUAUCUGGAUCCGCAGAGACCAGAGAGAUAGAGAGACUCAGCCCACCCCCAGACAGCUGGUGGGUGAAGCUCAUAGCAACCAGAGCUAGUACCAGAACGCCUCCAAAGCGUGGAGAAGCCACAAAAACCGCGGAGAAAAAGCCCACGAAGCCUGAUUCGAAAAUGGACACGGACACAGACAACGAUGAUCUCGAUGAUGACGAUGAGUUUGAGCGGCAAGAAACACCACCCAGGCUCAAAAAAGCCAAGAAAGCUGAACGACAAUCACCCGCUACCACCGCUACCACCGCUGGAACCGGCGGUGAGACAGAUCAUGAACAUGUACCCACGAAACGAAGAUCAACCUCGCCACAGAAGCCCCCAGCAAAGAAAUCAAGAGGACUGGGUAUCAUAGGCGGUAAAAAGCAGAUCAAGCAGAAGUCUCCAACACCGCCACCGCCCUCUCCACCACGAGAUCUCGCAUCCCAUGAGCACGAGGCAACGGACUCGGGUACUGACCACGACGCUCAACCCUCACCAUCUCCUCCUCGAGCACCAAGCACUCCCAAACCCAGCGCAAGUGCAACCACUGCAUCGAAACCACGCGGCCUAGGCGUCAUCGGAGGCAAGAAGAAAGAACAACCACCACAACAAAUGCCUCAGCCUUCCCUCUCGCCGGAAUCGCAAGAAGUCUCCACUCCAGAGCCAAAGCAAAAACGCGCGGGCAAGCUGGGUAUGAUCGGAGGUAAAGCCCGCAAGACCACUGAGGUUCCCCCAGCUGCCUUCCCCCAGAAUCGGGCCGAGACGACGACACCGCCGCCUCCAGCAAAGUCUGAGAGCGACGAGGUUUCCCGGCGAGGUGCUGUAAAGCGAUCCCCUUCGCCAGUGAAACCACCGCCACAGGAGACGGAGCAGGAGCGCGCUGAUCGCAAACGAGAGGAACUGAAAAGGCAGCUUGAGGCGAAGAGCAAGGCUCCGGCGAAGAAGAAAAGAAGAUUCUAA